AUGUCAAAAACCCAAUUGAUUAAUUUAUGUAAUGAUGCAAGAAUUCCAUCUCUUUUUACUUUUAAAGAAUAUGAAAACGCAAGCCAAUUUAAAAUUAAAGCUGAAGCAGCUCUUUAUAAAAUUCAAAAUGGUAUCAAUCUUGAAUCUGAACUUGAUGAUGAAACAAUAUAUAAUAUUAUAUACGCUUGUUCUUUGUUUAUAGCUGAACCAUUGUCAAAUUUAAAUCUUGAAAAUCUAAAACAAUCAGCUAAAUUUACCUUACAACCAAAAAGAUUUAUAUCAGUUUCACAUAUGAUUCAAAUAUUCACUCCGAUGAUAUUAGAAAAAUUCGUAAAAUCAGUAUUUAUGAAACAUCCAGACUUUAAAACAAAAAAUAAAUCUUUGGCAAAAAUGGAUGUAGACAUUGAAUUGCUGAGGAUUGAAAUGUAUCAAGCGUCCGGUGUACUUUACUGGUGUGUCACGCAAUUUAAACACCCAAAUUUAGAAAAAAUCAUGAAUAAUGUUAUUUCACCGGUAUUAAUGCUUAUAGAUGAUUAUAAUUUUAAAUUUAAGCUUCGUGGUGUAUUAUUAAUUGAUCAUUUGAUAAAAGAAAUAAGUCCAGCAAUAAUUAAGCGUACAGGUUUAGGAGAAGUUUUUUAUGAGGCACUUUUUAAAUGUCUUGCUCACCAACUUGAACCUUCAGAUUUGGUUUUAUUAAAACCUAGUUUUGCCGCCAUCCUAAAUCUUAUCACUUAUACAGAAUCAUCAGGAUCUGAGUCAAGAUAUAAAAAAUUGGAUAAUAUAUUCAACAUAUUUGUUGUUAAAGGACUAACAAUUAAAUAUGACAAAAUUAUAUUAAGACAAUUUUUGUUACAACAAAUUCCUUUUUUUGUAGAUGAACUAGGAAUUAUGACUGUUAAACAUUUAAAUGAGCUAUUGAAAGAAAUUUCAAGUUCGUUGGAAGUUACAUUGGAACUUCCUAAUAUUCGUUUUAAAGAUGAAAUAUUAAGUUUACACAUUUCUGCAGCAAAAGCAAUAGAAAAAAUAAUUGUUAAAUGUUGGCCAAGAAUAGCACACUAUAAAGGUUUAAUAUUAAAAUCAAUAGCAUCAUCUUGGUGUCAAGUAAAGCAUCUUGAAGAGAAUGAUAAUCCUUACAAGGAAAAAAUAGAACUAUUGAAAAAUACAUUGCAUAAGGCAUGCCAGCUUUUAAAAUAUGCAUGUAUGGAUGAUCAAAUUGCUUUUAAGAGAGAUGUUGAUGCUUUAAGAAAAUUGGAUAUUAAGAUGUUUGGGGAUUUAUUGAAUGAUUUAUAG